AUGGCUAAAAGAGAUCUAAAUGAUCUUGUCAAUCCAAAUGACGGACAUGUCCUAGCUCCGAUUAUCUCAGCUGUUCCUGCUCAACCAGCUGCUAGACCUGUUCAUGAGGUGGCAAUCCCACUUACGAACCAUACUACUGUUAGUCCCACAAUCACUGAUGAUGAUUCUAAAGACAAGAAGAAGAAAGGGGUCAAAGGAAAAACUGCAAGUGAUGAAAUUCAAGUGGAGAAGAAGACUUUACCUUUACCCUUUCCUCAGAGGCAAAGAAAGCAUCAAGAGGAGGCCAGUUAUAAGAAGUUCUUGGAUCUUCUAAGGCAGGUUCAUGUAAAUUUUUCUCUUAUUUAUAUUCUACAGAGUGUUCCAAAAUAUGCAAAAUAUCUGAAAGACAUUAUGGAAAAAAAGAUUCGAUUGAUAGAGUAUGCUACAGUUGCACUUACUGAGGAGUGCACAUCCAAGAUACAAAACAAACUGCCCACGAAGCUGAAGGAUCUCGGUAGUUUUACUUUACAAAUCAUUAUUGGGCAGACCAUCAGUGCUCGGGGAUUGUGUGACUUGGGGGCUAGCAUAAAUCUUAUGCCCACAUCUUGGUACUAA